UUCGGAAUUUCCCCCGAGUAAUCUGGACCACGAGUUCAUAUAUAUAUAUAUGCCACGGAAUAUUAGUAUCCUGACGACCCGUUUCAACGAUCAGUUUGAUAACGGCCGUUGAGAAGACAUAAAGCAAAUCUUUGUUCAGAAAGGACAUCCGUCGACCAUCACCCUGUUUCAAGGUCCAUGUUUCUGUGAGACUGAAGAGACCUUUUUUGGAUGAUCGUGAUUCUGUAGAUAAAGGAAAACAAUUGAUCAUUGUCUACGGAAGUUGAACAGGAUUUCAAAUAAUUCUUCAGUGAUCGGUGUCGGUCAGCUGAGGGGUUGUUGCGCACUGCAGUAGCUCGAGUCGCGUUGCGGUUUCCGGGGUGCGCAGCCAGCGGUGGGGGUUGUUGGUUGCUCCUUGCGCACCAUGCCUCUUCUUUCAAUGAUUCUCCUGCCCGCAAUCCUCAUACCGACACUCUGGUUGAAUCACACUGGUGAGGCUAGUGUUCUCGUGGCAGAUACCACGAUGUCCAGAAUGGUGGAACUGAAUGCAGACGCACCCUUCUGUGCCUUGUAUACCGACCGUGGUGUUAUUCAGAAAAUGGUUCUUGGAGCUGACCCGAAAAAAGUUAGGCAAAUGUCGAGCAACCUCGUGGCAGACUUGGAAGAAACGUGUAGAGCCUCUCGUGACAAGGGAAAGAAUCAACCUGCAGGCGGUGGAUUGAUCUACCCAGGUACAAAAUGGUGUGGACCAGGCACUUUGGCCAAGACGUAUGACGACCUUGGCCACCACGCAGCAGAGGACGCUUGUUGUAGAGAGCAUGACCAUUGUCCAAUGACGAUAUUGCCGCAGGAGUGUAUUCAUGGUAUAUGCAACAAUUCACCGUUCACACGGUCUCAUUGUGACUGCGACGCGAAGUUCCGUAGAUGUUUGCAGAACCUUAACUCGGAAGUGGCGAAUACUCUCGGAGCACUUUUCUUCAACGUGAUACAGGUGACUUGCUUCAAGGAAAGACGCCCAUGCUCGCAAUGGCAGAGAAAUGGUUACGCGGAAUCGGUGUCGAACCGGUUAUGUUCCCAGUACAAAUUCCGACCAAGCGACAAGUACGUGCCGCUGAUGCCCUUGAACGUGAACUAGCUAUUGCGGAAACGCAAGAAGAACGGACCAGACAGCCUUUGAAGUGGUGCCAGUUAACAGAGUUCCAAUGAGCGGGAUAAUUGCACGCGUCUCACCCGCGUUCCUCGCGCGCCCUUUCUUUUUCUAUCACGCUGAUCCGACCUGUAUGGGAAUCGAGCGUAAUGUUCUUUCUCGGUCAUUCAUGAAUUUACAUUGUUACAGGUCACCGUUUCCCGUGGAAUGCCUUUUUCCUCGUUGAUUAUUGCUUGGUAAAGGGAAGUAUCGUCUUCUCAAUUUCUUCAAUAUAUUUUGCUAUAAAACAGAUGAACAAAAGUUAGUUUCUUAUUUGAAGUAUAUAAGGUAUAUAUAUAUU